AUGUCCGCAGAAGCUCGUGUGCCACACGCAACUCGCAAGCCGCGCAAACAAGUGCGAUACAAGUUUCAAUUUACUAGAGAUUUGAGGUUCCAAGACACAAAUUAUAAAACUGUAACAUCCAUGGAGUAUUUAAGCACCAAUUAUGGCCAGAGGACAGCACGUAUCAUACACUCAUUCAUAUCAUGCAUUCACAGAAAGAUCAAUCAUGAUGUUUCGAAGAUUUCUGAUAAUGUAGUACUAAAAUUGAUCAGGCCAAUGGAUAAAUUAAAACUAUUUCUAUUGCUAGUAACACUCUCACAACGAGGCGGCCCAGACUAUUGGUUGGACAAACAUGGUAAGCCGAAUAGCUCGGAUUAUGAGGAAGAAGUGGAGCCAAAAAAUAUCAAGAAAGAACCAAAAUUGUUCUGUACUUUGUUAGAAAAUGUGAUGAGAGAGAAUAUCAAGAAGAAUUUUGAUGAGACACUUUAUGACGAAAACUACGUCUACAGUUCUAUAUGGGCUAAUUUCAUGGAAGGCUUGAUUAAUCAUUAUCUGGAAAGGGUUAUCAUACCGAAAUCAGAGAGAAAAGUAUGUCAACAGUUGUACAAACCUAUGAUGAAAAUUAUUUCUUUGUACAAUGAAUACAACGACUUGAUAGAAAAGAGUGAGAAUUCCGGCUUUAUGCUCGAUAGUAAAUCGAGCUCAGAUAAUGAUAAUGUGGAAGUCAAAUUAGCUAAUGCUCAGAAGCUUCUUUGGAAGGCAAGACAAGAUAUUCCAAAAACCAUAAGCAAAGAAUUGACUUUAUUAUCGGAGAUGUACUCUACUUUGAGUGUAGAGGAACAGGAUUACCAAUUGGAUCAGUUUGUAUGCUGUGCGGAAGAGUAUAUUGAGCUGGUUUAUCUACCUAGUUUGAUCGAUGUGCUGUUCGCAAACUGCGGUUCAGUUGACUUUUGGAAAAUAAUGUUUGUUCUUGAACCGUUCUUUUACUAUAUAGAGGAUUUGCCGGAUGAGUCAAGUAGUCUUGAUAUCGAAGUCAUUGAUCCUGAGGAUGGACUAGACAAAGAGCCUAGAAAGCCUGAUCCUCGAGUAGCUACUUUGGAAAAAAUCUGUGAAGUAGCGGCCAAGGAGAAUUGGAUAUGA